ACGUUCGGCUUUGAAAUUAUUUAUCUUGACAUUUUCCUUUUUUGUAACUUGUAUUUUAGAUUCGAUUUCUUCUUCAGAUUUGGCCCUUUCGCGUUAACCAAAUUUGUCGUUAUAGCUUGUGUCCAAAAUGAAUGUGCCACACAAGGCUCCGAGCGGUGAGCUGAAGAAGAGCAAGGGCAGCCUGGACCUGAAUGGGCGCCUUAUGGCCGAGCAGCUGACCAAAACGGAAACUCGCCUAAUCGUUAGCCAUGGUUCGGCUCUGGCAAUAGUUGAUAAGAAAAAAUCCCAUCUAAUUAUUGAGCCGAAGCUGGCGGAAAAGCCAUCCUUGAGGCUGUGCAGCAAGCCGCCCAGCGACAUGGCACACUUCAGCAUGGAGCACAAUUUCGAUGCCAAGGAUUUCUUGGAAAUGUCCGAGUCAAGCCUGGAACUCAUUGAGGAACCACACGGCAGGCGUCAAUAGCAAGACCCAAAGUAGAAUAAGACCUAGCCGUAUAGCCGUACCCAAUUGCCCGGAUCGACCACCCAAUGCCAACCAGUCCCAUCAUAAUGUUUUCCGACGAGUUCCGAAAAGUAAUCCAAGUCAAUUCGAAACCUUGCUAGUCCCCAUAAAUGUUUGUUUGAACAGCGCAAGUGACGCGAGCGAAGUGCAGCUCUAGAACUCAAGGAUUCCUGAGCGUAAACCCAAUUCGAGACGUGCUCCUCCAAGCUGACCCAGCUGAAAGCCAGCAUUCAUAAAACAGAGUCCAAUAUAAUGUCAAUUUUGAUUCUUGACCCAAGUAAAAUAU